CACUCUCACUACAAAACCUCUCUCAACAUCCAACAAAACCUCUUCCCCUUCCGACCCGAACCCCAAAAAAUGGAAAAGGAGCGACCCGCAUGGCGACCCGACCCGUUUCACGCUAGACCCCCGCCGGAGACGCCGCGCGACCCCAUGGAGUUCCUCUCCCGGUCGUGGAGCGCCUCCGCUCUCGAAGUCUCCAAGGCCCUCUCAUCAUCUCAGCAACUUCCACCUUCUUCAAACAAAAACAACAACAACAACGUUAACAACAACGUUGUUGUUUGUUCUAAUUACUCCAACGCCCCCGUAAUACUUGAAGACAUAGCUGGUGAAGUGGAAGAGUCUGCAACCGUUUCUGGCAACCCUUUCUCCUUUGCUACCUCCGAAACCUCUCAGAUGAUCAUGGACCGCAUCAUGUCCCACUCCCAGGAGGUGUCGCCAAGGACCUCAGGAAGGCUCUCUCACAGCAGUGGACCUCUUAAUGGCUCCCUAACAGAUAGCCCACCGGUUUCUCCUUCUGAAAUUGACGAUUUCAAGUAUAACCGUUCCAACAACAACCACAACACCGCCAGCAUCGCCGGCGGUGGCAAGACGGUGGGUAGGUGGCUGAAGGACAGGAAGGAGAAGAAGAAGGAGGAAACCAGGGCCCACAAUGCUCAGCUCCACGCGGCUGUUUCGGUUGCCGGUGUCGCCGCCGCAGUUGCCGCUAUCGCCGCUGCCACGGCCGCUUCGUCAGGCUCCGGCAAGGACGAGCAGAUGGCGAAGACAGACAUGGCGGUGGCAUCAGCGGCGACACUGGUGGCAGCUCAGUGUGUGGAGGCUGCCGAGGCCAUGGGGGCCGAGCGUGACCACCUGGCCUCGGUGGUCAGCUCAGCCGUGAACGUGAGGUCCGCCGGUGACAUCACAACAUUGACAGCAGCGGCGGCCACCGCUUUACGUGGGGCAGCCACGUUGAAAGCGAGGGUCCUUAAGGAGGUUUGGAAUAUUGCAGCUGUGAUUCCUGUGGAAAAGAAUUUGGGCGGUGGCGGUGGCGGCGGCGGCAACGGUAACGGUAGUAAUGGUAGUUCUAAUAGCAGUUUCAGUGGUGAAAUUGUACCGGAAGAAAAUUUCUUGGGGAUCUGUAGUAGAGAAUUACUAGCCAGAGGUUGUGAACUUCUCAAGCGCACACGCACCGGUGAACUCCAUUGGAAAAUUGUAUCCGUUUAUAUAAACAGGAUGAACCAGGUUAUGGUGAAAAUGAAGAGCAGGCACGUUGCUGGGACCAUCACAAAAAAGAAAAAGAAUGUGGUGCUUGGAGUGAUCAAGGACAUGCCGGCUUGGCCUGGUCGCCACUUGCUUGAAGGUGGUGAGAACCGUCGCUACUUUGGUUUGAAAACCGUGAUGCGUGGUGUUGUUGAAUUUGAGUGCAGAAACCAGAGAGAGUACGAUGUGUGGACUCAAGGGGUGUCAAGGCUUCUCUCUAUAGCUGCUGAGAGGAACAACAGGAACCGAAUAUGUGGCAUUUGAUUAGGAUCCAAUGAUCAUGGUAGUAAGUAUGAUAUAUAGUAGGUCUUUUGAUACAUGGUGGGGUUUUAAUCCAAAUGUAAAAAAGGGUAAAUUGAAUUACUAGUAUGGGGGGGUUUCUUAGUUUCUUUAAUCUUGGGGGACACACAUGAAUAUUUUAAUGUAAUUUUUGAAUGGGAAAGUGAAGGCACUUGAACCAAAGUGAGUGAAAAUCAUGUGAACCUUGGUGUUGUUUGUUUCUUUUGCUGAUUUGGAAAGAAAAGGAGUAUCUUGGACCGGGGUAGUCAAAAGAGAAAAAGAAUGAGGCACGUUUGAGUCCAAGUGUGAUAAAGACAAAGGGUGGUUUAUGUGCUUUGUUUAUGCAUGUUGAUUUGGGCUUUCCCUCAUUGGAUCCCGAGAAAUAGUUUAAGGUUUGAGCUAGAGCCAUCAUUGUUUUCGAUUA